AUGGACAAGCACAGCGCCAUCGCAUUCGGUGUGGCUGCCGGUCUAGGCGUCGGGUACCUCCUGGGAAAAGCGCACCCUAGAGCUCCUCUUGCAGCGAACGGUGGCACAGAGCUGUCAGAACGUGCCAAGGACUUGGACGAGGUGGAGCGCCUCAUUCGUGCCAAUAUUCUUGCCCUCACGCCAUAUCGCUGUGCUCGCGAUGACUACGAUCAAGGCAUUCUGCUCGAUGCCAAUGAAAACAGUUUGGGUCCACCACUGUCGGGUUAUGAGCAACUACAAGCCAUGCGACUAGAGCGCUAUCCGUGUCCGUAUCAGUUUGAGCUGAAGAAGGCUAUUACCGAUUACAGGAAUCAUAAUGCGACGGAGACGAUCAGCCAGGCAAACACGUUCUUGGGCGUUGGAAGCGACGAAGCCAUUGACUUGAUCAUUCGCGUUGCUUGCACUCCUCGUGUAGACAACGUUUUGAUUACACCGCCGACCUACGGCAUGUACAGUGUCUGUGCCAACAUCCACGAUGUAGCAAUUGUCUCUGUGCCGCUGCAAAUCGAAGCACCGGCAGAGAAUCUUACCGGACUGAAGCCAGGCCUUCCCCAGCCAUCCUUUCACAUUGACCCUCGAGAGAUUUUGCAUGCCGUCACUCCAUUGACGAAGGUCAUUUUCCUGUGCAGUCCCGGCAAUCCCACGGCCAAUGUGCUGCGCCUCAAGGACGUGGAAGCCAUUCUGGAGUCAGAGGAGUACAAGGGUUUUGUGGUAGUGGAUGAAGCAUAUAUUGACUUUUCUAACACCUCGAGCUUAUGCACGAUGGUGAACAAGCACAGGCGGCUCAUUGUGCUGCAGACGCUCUCGAAGGGCUUUGGGCUUGCAGGCAUUCGUCUGGGUAUUGCCUUUGGUGACCCGAAGCUGAUCCAAGUGCUCAACAAUGUAAAAGCUCCUUACAACAUUAGCAAGCUGACGUCGGAUGUUGCGCGCAAGGCUUUCUCAAACCUGGAGGAGCUGCACAAGAGCGUGUCCCUCAUCAAGGAGGAGAAACACCGAGUGAUUGCGGAGCUACAGAAGCUCCCUUUCGUGCGCCGUAUCUACGCCUCGGACUCGAACUUUGUGCUUUUCGAGAUUCCGCACGCGCUCAAAGUCUACCGCGAAAUGGCCAGUCGUGGAGUGGUCAUUCGUUAUCGCGGCAAGGAGCAUCUACUUGCUGACUGCGUCCGUGCAACGAUCGGCUCUCGUACCGAAAACGAUCGCAUGCUUGAGUUGCUUGUGGAAGUAAUGGGCGAACAGUAA